UGGGCGGAUUUACCUAUGGACGAACGGAGGGAUGCACGACGGUUGGAUGGAUGGAUCACCAAAUUGUGCUCGCUUUGUGCCGACCAGGACUACUGCUCCACAGCCGAGGGCAACUUUCAGAUCAUCACCGGCAAGGACUGCAGCGCUGUGGACUCGAGCUGCUCCAAGGCGAUCCGCUUCUACAUCAAGGAUUACAACGUGGAGGUUCACAUGGUGGCCGGGGAGGUGAUGGUGGUGCCCGUGGCCGGAAAGAUCCCGGCGAUGGUGGAUGACCUGACCAUCCACUCGGUGGGGCUCUACCGCAUCGUGCAGACCGGCAUCGGCAUCAUGGUCAUGUGGGACCGGCGCACGAGCAUCUUCGUCAAGGUCGACUCCAAGUACAAGGGCACCCUGUGCGGCCUCUGCGGCAACUACAAUGGGCGCGACAGCGACGACUUGACAGCGGCCGACGGCUCCACGGCCGCGUCCGUGCUGGCGUUCGGCAACAGUUGGAGGAUAAAGGAGAGCUGCGCCGCCAUGACAGAGGCGGUGGAGCCUUGCCAGCAGAAUCCGCACCGCCACGCGUGGGCGCUGCGCCAGUGUCACGUCCUCGCCGGUGACGUCUUCAGCUCGUGCCACGACCACGUGGACCACGCGCCGUUCCUGGAGGCGUGCAUUCGCGACUCGUGCGCAUGCGAUGGCGGCGACUGCGAGUGCUUCUGCACCGCGGUGGCUGCGUACGCCCAGGUCUGCAACGAGGCCGGCGUGUGCAUCAGGUGGAGGACGCCCGACCGCUGCCCCGUCUUCUGCGACUUCUACAACGAGGAAUCGGAAUGCACGUGGCACUACAAUCCAUGCAGUUCCCUUCCCAGCACCUGCAGCCACCUCCAGAAACUGAACCAAGGUUCCCUGCCUCCCAUCGAAGGCUGCUACCCGCACUGCCCGCCAGACGCGCCAUACUUGGACGAGAACACCAUGCACUGCGUGCCAAAAGCCAACUGCAGCUGCUUUGUUGAGGAUGACGUCAUCCUGGCCGGGCAGCAGAUCCACAUCGCCAAGACUUGCCAAAUCUGCACAUGCGACAAUGCUGAGCUGCUUUGCGAAAUACCAGAUGGAUGCUGUUACCACGAACAACUGUACGAGCUGGGCGCCUUCAUAUCAAGAGAAUUAGACCCCGAUCAGUACUGCGCGACCACCAAAACGUGCUCGCAACUCGGGGAGGUGGAAGACUCCGUGGAGUGCGGGAUAACUCCCAUCGACGUGAACAACGCCACCACCACCGCCACCGCCGUACCGCCGCUCCCAACCGAGCCACCCAUCGUCGGCUCGAGCACAGCUGUGCCCGACGUGGCUCCGACGCAACCGCCCAAGGGACGUUCGACCACGGUGGGCGCUCCGGUUGAAGGUGCCACCGUGCAGCAGCCAACAGCGACGACGAACCUGAGUCAAGUGCCCUGCUCAGGAAGCUGGUCUGAGUGGUACAACGAACAUUCUCCGGACGCCGACAACGAUGGCGACGAGGAGUCGUACCAGAAGGUCACAGCCUCGGGGAAAGUUGUCUGCGCACCGGGAUUCUUGGUGGAAAACAUCGACUGCCGUGCGGACAAAUACCCGAACACACCAUGGGAGGAGUUGGGCCAGGCAAUCACUUGUAACAAGGACGUGGGGUUGAAAUGCUCGCACACGGAUCAGACCAUGCCAUUCUGCUACAACUACAAGGUCAGGUUUUGCUGCUCGCUGAUUUCGCCAGCAACCACUGCUCCUCUGUCAACAGCACCGACAUCCCCAGUGCCAGAUGAAGAAAUCAUCAUUCCACCAGUUGAAGCCACAAGACCACCUGGGCCAACCACAAAAAAUGUGACACCGAAACCCCCGGGAGAGGAAAAGCCAACAAAGCCAGCUCCAGAAGAAAGUGGCGCUCCACCUCAAGAACCAACUGCACCAAAGGACAAGACACCCCCACCUCCAACCUCCGGCAGCAAGGAGCCAGAACCCUCACCCUCAGGAGGGCCAGUGACACCGAAAUCCCCGGUAGAGGAAAAGCCAACAAAGCCAGCUCCUGAAGAGAGUGGCGCUCCGCCUCAAGAACCAACUGCACCGAAGGACAAGACACCCCCACCUCCAACCUCCGGCAACAAGGAGCCAGAACCUUCACCCUCAGGAGGGCCAGAAACACCGAAAUCCCCGGUAGAGGAAACGCCAACAAAGCCAUCUCCUGAAGAGAGUGGCGCUCCACCUCAAGAACCAACUGCACCGAAGGACAAGACACCUCCAACCUCCGGCAGCAAGGAGCCAGAACCAUCACCCUCAGGAGGGCCAGUGACACCGAAAUCCCCGGUAGAGGAAAAGCCAACAAAGCCAGCUCCUGAAGAGAGUGGCGCUCCGCCUCAAGAACCAACUGCACCGAAGGACAAGACACCCCCACCUCCAACCUCCGGCAACAAGGAGCCAGAACCGUCACCCUCAGGAGGGCCAGAGGAAAAGCCAACAAAGCCAUCUCCUGAAGAGAGUGGCGCUCCGCCUCAAGAACCAACUGCACCAAAGGACAAGACACCCCCACCUCCAACCUCCGGCAACAAGGAGCAAGAACCUUCACCCUCAGGAGGGCCAGAGGAAAAGCCAACAAAGCCAUCUCCUGAAGAGAGUGGCGCUCCGCCUCAAGAACCAACUGCACCAAAGGACAAGACACCCCCACCUCCAACCUCCGGCAACAAGGAGCCAGAACCCUCACCCUCAGGAGGGCCAGUGACACCGAAAUCCCCGGUAGAGGAAAAGCCAACAAAGCCAGCCCCUGAAGAGAGUGGCGCUCCGCCUCAAGAACCAACUGCACCGAAGGACAAGACACCCCCACCUCCAACCUCCGGCAACAAGGAGCCAGAACCGUCACCCUCAGGAGGGCCAGAAACACCGAAAUCCCCGGUAGAGGAAAAGCCAACAAAGCCAGCUCCAGCAGAGAGUGGCGCUCCUCCUCAAGAACCAACUGGACCGAAGGACAAGACACCCCCACCUCCAACCUCCGGCAACAAGGAGCCAGAACCCUCACCCUCAGGAGGGCCAGUGACACCGAAAUCCCCGGUAGAGGAAAAGCCAACAAAGCCAGCUCUUGAAGAGAGUGGUGCUCCGCCUCAAGAACCAACUGCACCGAAGGACAAGACACCCCCACCUCCAACCUCCGGCAACAAGGAGCCAGAACCUUCACCCUCAGGAGGGCCAGAGGAAAAGCCAACAAAGCCAUCUCCUGAAGAGAGUGGCGCUCCGCCUCAAGAACCAACUGCACCGAAGGACAAGACACCCCCACCUCCAACCUCUGGCAACAAGGAGCCAGAACCCUCACCCUCAGGAGGGCCAGUGACACCGAAACCCCCGGGAGAGGAAAAGCCAACAAAGCCAGCUCCAGAAGAAAGUGGCGCUCCGCCUCAAGAACCAACUGGACCCAAGGACAAGACACCCCCACCUCCAACCUCCAGCGGCAAGGAGCCAGAACCAUCACCCCCAACUCCAGGCCCAGAAGACUGUGCUCCAGGCUGGUCUGAUUGGUACGAUGAGCAAUAUCCUGAUGAAGAAAAUGGCGGAGAUGAGGAAUCUUACCAGAAGGUCAUAGCCUCAGGGAAAGUGGUUUGUCUGCCUGACUCACCGGUGCAAAACAUUGAAUGCAAAGCAGAGAGAUUCCCGAAUACCCCAUGGCAGGAAUUGGGCCAGACAAUCACUUGUGACAAGAAUAAAGGACUGAAAUGUGUCAAUGAGGAUCAAGGAGGACUGCCAUGUUACAACUACAAGGUCAGAUUCUGCUGCUCCAGAGCAAGUGGACCCCCUGCACCAAGUCCAUCUUCACGAAGCCCAGAACCAACUGCAUUGAAGGACAAGACACCCGCACCUCCAACCUCCGGCAACAAGGAGCCAGAACCCUCACCCUCAGGAGGGCCAGUGACACCGAAACCCCCGGGAGAGGAAAAGCCAACAAAGCCAGCUCCAGAAGAGAGUGGCGCUCCACCUCAAGAACCAACUGGACCCGAGGACAAGACUCCCCCACCUCCAACCUCCAGUAGCAAUGAGCCGGAACCAUCACCCCCAACUUCAGGCCCAGAAGACUGUGCUCCAGGCUGGUCUGAUUGGUACGAUGAGCAAUAUCCUGAUGAAGAAAAUGGCGGAGAUGAGGAAUCUUACCAGAAGGUCAUAGCCUCAGGGAAAGUGGUUUGUCUGCCUGACUCACCGGUGCAAAACAUUGAAUGCAAAGCAGAGAGAUUCCCGAAUACCCCAUGGCAGGAAUUGGGCCAGACAAUCACUUGUGACAAGAAUAAAGGACUGAAAUGUGUCAAUGAGGAUCAAGGAGGACUGCCAUGUUACAACUACAAGGUCAGAUUCUGCUGCUCCAGAGCAAGUGGACCCCCUGCACCAAGUCCAUCUUCACGAAGCCCAGAACCAACUGCAUCGAAGGACAAGACACCCGCACCUCCAACCUCCAGCAACAAGGAGCCAGAACCAUUACCCCCAAGUCCAGGCCCAGUGACACCCAAACCCCCGGUUGAGGAAAAGCCCACAAAGCCAUCUCCAGAAGAGAGUGGCGCUCCGCCUCAAGAACCAACUGGAUCAAAGGACAAGACUCCCGCACCUCCAACCUCCGGCAACAAGGAGCCAGAACCCUCACCCUCAGGAGGGCCAGUGACACCGAAACCCCCGGUUGAGGAAAAGCCAACAAAGCCAGCACCAGCAGAGAGUGGCGCUCCACCUCAAGAACCAACUGGACCGAAGGACAAGACACCCCCACCUCCAACCUCCGGCAACAAGGAACCAGAACCCUCACCCUCAGGAGGGCCAGUGACACCGAAACCCCCGGGAGAGGAAAAGCCAACAAAGCCAGCUCCAGAAGAGAGUGGCGCUCCGCCUCAAGAACCAACUGGACCCGAGGACAAGACUCCCCCACCUCCAACCUCCAGUAGCAAUGAGCCGGAACCAUCACCCCCAACUUCAGGCCCAGAAGACUGUGCUCCAGGCUGGUCUGAUUGGUACGAUGAGCAAUAUCCUGAUGAAGAAAAUGGCGGAGAUGAGGAAUCUUACCAGAAGGUCAUAGCCUCAGGGAAAGUGGUUUGUCUGCCUGACUCACCGGUGCAAAACAUUGAAUGCAAAGCAGAGAGAUUCCCGAAUACCCCAUGGCAGGAAUUGGGCCAGACAAUCACUUGUGACAAGAAUAAAGGACUGAAAUGUGUCAAUGAGGAUCAAGGAGGACUGCCAUGUUACAACUACAAGGUCAGAUUCUGCUGCUCCAGAGCAAGUGGACCCCCUGCACCAAGUCCAUCUUCACGAAGCCCAGAACCAACUGCAUCGAAGGACAAGACACCCGCACCUCCAACCUCCAGCAACAAGGAGCCAGAACCAUUACCCCCAAGUCCAGGCCCAGUGACACCCAAACCCCCGGUUGAGGAAAAGCCCACAAAGCCAUCUCCAGAAGAGAGUGGCGCUCCGCCUCAAGAACCAACUGGAUCAAAGGACAAGACUCCCGCACCUCCAACCUCCGGCAACAAGGAGCCAGAACCCUCACCCUCAGGAGGGCCAGUGACACCGAAACCCCCGGUUGAGGAAAAGCCAACAAAGCCAGCACCAGCAGAGAGUGGCGCUCCACCUCAAGAACCAACUGGACCGAAGGACAAGACACCCCCACCUCCAACCUCCGGCAACAAGGAACCAGAACCCUCACCCUCAGGAGGGCCAGUGACACCGAAACCCCCGGGAGAGGAAAAGCCAACAAAGCCAGCUCCAGAAGAGAGUGGCGCUCCGCCUCAAGAACCAACUGGACCCAAGGACAAGACACCCCCACCUCCAACCUCCAGUGGCAAGGAGCCAGAACCAUCACCCCCAACUCCAGGCCCAGAAGACUGUGCUCCAGGCUGGUCUGAUUGGUACGAUGAGCAAUAUCCUGAUGAAGAAAAUGGCGGAGAUGAGGAAUCUUACCAGAAGGUCAUAGCCUCAGGGAAAGUGGUUUGUCUGCCUGACUCACCGGUGCAAAACAUUGAAUGCAAAGCAGAGAGAUUCCCGAAUACCCCAUGGCAGGAAUUGGGCCAGACAAUCACUUGUGACAAGAAUAAAGGACUGAAAUGUGUCAAUGAGGAUCAAGGAGGACUGUCAUGUUACAACUACAAGGUCAGAUUCUGCUGCUCCAGAGCAAGUGGACCCCCUGCACCAAGUCCAUCUUCACGAAGCCCAGGACCAACUGCAUCGAAGGACAAGACACCUGCACCUCCAACCUCCAGCAACAAGGAGCCAGAACCAUUACCCCCAAGUCCAGGCCCAGUGACACCCAAACCCCGGGUUGAGGAAAAGCCCACAAAGCCAUCUCCAGAAGAGAGUGGCGCUCCGCCUCAAGAACCAACUGGAUCAAAGGACAAGACUCCCGCACCUCCAACCUCCGGCAACAAGGAGCCAGAACCCUCACCCUCAGGAGGGCCAGUGACACCGAAACCCCCGGUUGAGGAAAAGCCAACAAAGCCAGCACCAGCAGAGAGUGGCGCUCCACCUCAAGAACCAACUGGACCGAAGGACAAGACACCCCCACCUCCAACCUCCGGCAACAAGGAACCAGAACCCUCACCCUCAGGAGGGCCAGUGACACCGAAACCCCCGGGAGAGGAAAAGCCAACAAAGCCAGCUCCAGAAGAGAGUGGCGCUCCGCCUCAAGAACCAACUGGACCCAAGGACAAGACACCCCCACCUCCAACCUCCAGCGGCAAGGAGCCAGAACCAUCACCCCCAACUCCAGGCCCAGAAGACUGUGCUCCAGGCUGGUCUGAUUGGUACGAUGAGCAAUAUCCUGAUGAAGAAAAUGGCGGAGAUGAGGAAUCUUACCAGAAGGUCAUAGCCUCAGGGAAAGUGGUUUGUCUGCCUGACUCACCGGUGCAAAACAUUGAAUGCAAAGCAGAGAGAUUCCCGAAUACCCCAUGGCAGGAAUUGGGCCAGACAAUCACUUGUGACAAGAAUAAAGGACUGAAAUGUGUCAAUGAGGAUCAAGGAGGACUGCAAUGUUACAACUACAAGGUCAGAUUCUGCUGCUCCAGAGCAAGUGGAACCCCUGCACCAAGUCCAUCUUCACGAAGCCCAGAACCAACUGCAUCGAAGGACAAGACACCCGCACCUCCAACCUCCGGCAACAAGGAGCCAGAACCAUCACCCCCAAGUCCAGGCCCAGUGACACCCAAACCCCCGGUUGAGGAAAAACCCACAAAGCCAGCUCCAGAAGAGAGCGGCGCUCCGCAUCAAGAACCAACUCGAUCAAAGGACAAGACUCCCGCACCUCCAACCUCCGGCAACAAGGAGCCAGAACCCUCACCCUCAGGAGGGCCAGUGACACCGAAACCCCCGGUUGAGGAAAAGCCAACAAAGCCAGCACCAGCAGAGAGUGGCGGUCCACCUCAAGAACCAACUGGACCGAAGGACAAGACACCCCCACCUCCAACCUCCGGCAACAAGGAGCCAGAACCAUCACCCUCAGGAGGGCCAGUGACACCGAAACCCCCGGGAGAGGAAAAGCCAACAAAGCCAGCUCCAGAAGAGAGUGGCGCUCCGCCUCAAGAACCAACUGGACCCAAGGACAAGACUCCCCCACCUCCAACCUCCAGCAGCAAUGAGCCGGAACCAUCACCCCCAACUUCAGGCCCAGAAGACUGUGCUCCAGGCUGGUCUGAUUGGUACGAUGAGCAAUAUCCUGAUGAAGAAAAUGGCGGAGAUGAGGAAUCUUACCAGAAGGUCAUAGCCUCAGGGAAAGUGGUUUGUCUGCCUGACUCACCGGUGCAAAACAUUGAAUGCAAAGCAGAGAGAUUCCCGAAUACCCCAUGGCAGGAAUUGGGCCAGACAAUCACUUGUGACAAGAAUAAAGGACUGAAAUGUGUCAAUGAGGAUCAAGGAGGACUGCAAUGUUACAACUACAAGGUCAGAUUCUGCUGCUCCAGAGCAAGUGGAACCCCUGCACCAAGUCCAUCUUCACGAAGCCCAGAACCAACUGCAUCGAAGGACAAGACACCCGCACCUCCAACCUCCGGCAACAAGGAGCCAGAACCCUCACCCUCAGGAGGGCCAGUGACACCGAAACCCCCGGGAGAGGAAAAGCCAACAAAGCCAGCUCCAGAAGAGAGUGGCGCUCCGCCUCAAGAACCAACUGGACCCAAGGACAAGACACCCCCACCUCCAACCUCCAGCGGCAAGGAGCCAGAACCAUCACCCCCAACUCCAGGCCCAGAAGACUGUGCUCCAGGCUGGUCUGAUUGGUACGAUGAGCAAUAUCCUGAUGAAGAAAAUGGCGGAGAUGAGGAAUCUUACCAGAAGGUCAUAGCCUCAGGGAAAGUGGUUUGUCUGCCUGACUCACCAGUGCAAAACAUUGAAUGCAAAGCAGAGAGAUUCCCCAAUACCCCAUGGCAGGAAUUGGGCCAGACAAUCACUUGUGACAAGAAUAAAGGACUGAAAUGUGUCAAUGAGGAUCAGGGAGGACUGCCAUGUUACAACUACAAGGUCAGAUUCUGCUGCUCCAGAGCAAGUGGACCCACUGCACCAAGUCCAUCGUCACGAAGCCCAGGACCAACUGCAUCGAAGGACAAGACACCUGCACCUCCAACCUCCAGCAACAAGGAGCCAGAACCAUCACCCCCAAGUCCAGGCCCAGUGACACCCAAACCCCCGGUUGAGGAAAAGCCCACAAAGCCAGCUCCAGAAGAGAGCGGCGCUCCGCCUCAAGAACCAACUCGAUCAAAGGACAAGACUCCCGCACCUCCAACCUCCGGCAACAAGGAGCCAGAACCCUCACCCUCAGGAGGGCCAGUGACACCGAAACCCCCGGUUGAAGAAAAGCCAACAAAGCCACCAGCACCAGCAGAGAGUGGCGCUCCACCUCAAGAACCAACUGGACCGAAGGACAAGACACCCCCACCUCCAACCUCCGGCAACACGGAACCAGAACCCUCACCCUCAGGAGGGCCAGUGACACCGAAACCCCCGGUUGAGGAAAAGCCAACAAAGCCACCAGCACCAGCAGAGAGUGGCGCUCCACCUCAAGAACCAACUGGACCGAAGGACAAGACACCCCCACCUCCAACCUCCGGCAACAAGGAACCAGAACCCUCACCCUCAGGAGGGCCAGUGACACCGAAACCCGCGGGAGAGGAAAAGCCAACAAAGCCAGCUCCAGAAGAGAGUGGCGCUCCGCCUCAAGAACCAACUGGACCCAAGGACAAGACACCCCCACCUCCAACCUCCAGCGGCAAGGAGCCAGAACCAUCACCCCCAACUCCAGGCCCAGAAGACUGUGCUCCAGGCUGGUCUGAUUGGUACGAUGAGCAAUAUCCUGAUGAAGAAAAUGGCGGAGAUGAGGAAUCUUACCAGAAGGUCAUAGCCUCAGGGAAAGUGGUUUGUCUGCCUGACUCACUGGUGCAAAACAUUGAAUGCAAAGCAGAGAGAUUCCCGAAUACCCCAUGGCAGGAAUUGGGCCAGACAAUCACUUGUGACAAGAAUAAAGGACUGAUAUGUGUCAAUGAGGAUCAAGGAGGACUGCCAUGUUACAACUACAAGGUCAGAUUCUGCUGCUCCAGAGCAAGUGGACCCCCUGCACCAAGUCCAUCUUCACGAAGCCCAGAACCAACUGCAUCGAAGGACAAGACACCCGCACCUCCAACCUCUGGCAACAAGGAGCCAGAACCCUCACCCUCAGGAGGGCCAGUGACACCGAAACCCCCGGGAGAGGAAAAGCCAACAAAGCCAGCUCCAGAAGAGAGUGGGGCUCCGCCUCAAGAACCAACUGGACCCAAGGACAAGACACCGCCACCUCCAACCUCCAGCGGCAAGGAGCCAGAACCAUCACCCCCAACUCCAGGCCCAGAAGACUGUGCUCCAGGCUGGUCUGAUUGGUACGAUGAGCAAUAUCCUGAUGAAGAAAAUGGCGGAGAUGAGGAAUCUUACCAGAAGGUCAUAGCCUCAGGGAAAGUGGUUUGUCUGCCUGACUCACUGGUGCAAAACAUUGAAUGCAAAGCAGAGAGAUUCCCGAAUACCCCAUGGCAGGAAUUGGGCCAGACAAUCACUUGUGACAAGAAUAAAGGACUGAUAUGUGUCAAUGAGGAUCAAGGAGGACUGCCAUGUUACAACUACAAGGUCAGAUUCUGCUGCUCCAGAGCAAGUGGACCCCCUGCACCAAGUCCAUCUUCACGAAGCCCAGAACCAACUGCAUCGAAGGACAAGACACCCGCACCUCCAACCUCUGGCAACAAGGAGCCAGAACCCUCACCCUCAGGAGGGCCAGUGACACCGAAACCCCCGGGAGAGGAAAAGCCAACAAAGCCAGCUCCAGAAGAGAGUGGGGCUCCGCCUCAAGAACCAACUGGACCCAAGGACAAGACACCGCCACCUCCAACCUCCAGCGGCAAGGAGCCAGAACCAUCACCCCCAACUCCAGGCCCAGAAGACUGUGCUCCAGGCUGGUCUGAUUGGUACGAUGAGCAAUAUCCUGAUGAAGAAAAUGGCGGAGAUGAGGAAUCUUACCAGAAGGUCAUAGCCUCAGGGAAAGUGGUUUGUCUGCCUGACUCACUGGUGCAAAACAUUGAAUGCAAAGCAGAGAGAUUCCCGAAUACCCCAUGGCAGGAAUUGGGCCAGACAAUCACUUGUGACAAGAAUAAAGGACUGAUAUGUGUCAAUGAGGAUCAAGGAGGACUGCCAUGUUACAACUACAAGGUCAGAUUCUGCUGCUCCAGAGCAAGUGGACCCCCUGCACCAAGUCCAUCUUCACGAAGCCCAGAACCAACUGCAUCGAAGGACAAGACACCCGCACCUCCAACCUCUGGCAACAAGGAGCCAGAACCCUCACCCUCAGGAGGGCCAGUGACACCGAAACCCCCGGGAGAGGAAAAGCCAACAAAGCCAGCUCCAGAAGAGAGUGGGGCUCCGCCUCAAGAACCAACUGGACCCAAGGACAAGACACCGCCACCUCCAACCUCCAGCGGCAAGGAGCCAGAACCAUCACCCCCAACUCCAGGCCCAGAAGACUGUGCUCCAGGCUGGUCUGAUUGGUACGAUGAGCAAUAUCCUGAUGAAGAAAAUGGCGGAGAUGAGGAAUCUUACCAGAAGGUCAUAGCCUCAGGGAAAGUGGUUUGUCUGCCUGACUCACCGGUGCAAAACAUUGAAUGCAAAGCAGAGAGAUUCCCGAAUACCCCAUGGCAGGAAUUGGGCCAGACAAUCACUUGUGACAAGAAUAAAGGACUGAAAUGUGUCAAUGAGGAUCAAGGAGGACUGCCAUGUUACAACUACAAGGUCAGAUUCUGCUGCUCCAGAGCAAGUGGACCCCCUGCACCAAGUCCAUCUUCACGAAGCCCAGAACCAACUGCAUCGAAGGACAAGACACCUGCACCUCCAACCUCCAGCAACAAGGGGCCAGAACCAUCACCCCCAAGUCCAGGCCCAGUGACACCCAAACCCCCGAUUGAGGAAAAGCCCACAAAGCCAGCUCCAGAAGAGAGUGGCGCUCCACCUCAAGAAUCAACUGCACCGAAGGACAAGACACCCCUACCUCCAACCUCCGGCAACAAGGAGCCAGAACCCUCACCCUCAGGAGGGCCAGUGACACCGAAACCCCCGGGAGAGGAAAAUCCAACAAAGCCAGCUCCAGAAGAAAGUGGUGCUCCGCCUCAAGAACCAACUGGACCUAAGGACAAGACACCCCCACCUCCAACCUCCAGCGGCAAGGAGCCAGAACCAUCACCCCCAACUCCAGGCCCAGAAGACUGUGCUCCAGGCUGGUCUGAUUGGUACGAUGAGCAAUAUCCUGAUGAAGAAAAUGGCGGAGAUGAGGAAUCUUACCAGAAGGUCAUAGCCUCAGGGAAAGUGGUUUGUCUGCCUGACUCACCGGUGCAAAACAUUGAAUGCAAAGCAGAGAGAUUCCCUAAUACCCCAUGGCAGGAAUUGGGCCAGACAAUCACUUGUGACAAGAAUAAAGGACUGAAAUGUGUCAAUGAGGAUCAAGGAGGACUGCCAUGUUACAACUACAAGGUCAGAUUCUGCUGCUCCAGAGCAAGUGGACCCCCUGCACCAAGUCCAUCUUCACGAAGCCCAGAACCAACUGCAUCGAAGGACAAGACACCCGCACCUCCAACCUCCGGCAACAAGGAGCCAGAACCCUCACCCUCAGGAGGGCCAGUGACACCGAAACCCCCGGGAGAGGAAAAGCCAACAAAGCCAGCUCCAGAAGAGAGUGGCGCUCCACCUCAAGAACCAACUGGACCCAAGGACAAGACUCCCCCACCUCCAACCUCCAGCAGCAAUGAGCCGGAACCAUCUCCCCCAACUUCAGGCCCAGAAGACUGUGCUCCAGGCUGGUCUGAUUGGUACGAUGAGCAAUAUCCUGAUGAAGAAAAUGGCGGAGAUGAGGAAUCUUACCAGAAGGUCAUAGCCUCAGGGAAAGUGGUUUGUCUGCCUGACUCACCAGUGCAAAACAUUGAAUGCAAAGCAGAGAGAUUCCCCAAUACCCCAUGGCAGGAAUUGGGCCAGACAAUCACUUGUGACAAGAAUAAAGGACUGAAAUGUGUCAAUGAGGAUCAAGCAGGACUGCCAUGUUACAACUACAAGGUCAGAUUCUGCUGCUCCAGAGCAAGUGGACCCCCUGCACCAAGUCCAUCUUCACGAAGUCCAGAACCAACUGCAUCGAAGGACAAGCCACCCGCACCUCCAACCUCCGGCAACAAGGAGCCAGAACCCUCACCCUCAGGAGGGCCAGUGACACCGAAACCCCCGGGAGAGGAAAAGCCAACAAAGCCAGCUCCAGAAGAGAGUGGCGCUCCACCUCAAGAACCAACUGGACCCAAGGACAAGACUCCCCCACCUCCAACCUCCAGCAGCAAUGAGCCGGAACCAUCUCCCCCAACUUCAGGCCCAGUGACACCCAAACCCCCGGUUGAGGAAAAGCCAACAAAGCCAGCUCCAGAAGAGAGCGGCGCUCCUCCUCAAGAACCAACUGGACCGAAGGACAAGACACCCGCACCUCCAACCUCUGGCAACAAGGAGCCAGAACCCUCACCCUCAGGAGGUCCAGUGACACCGAAACCCCCGGUUGAGGAAAAGCCAACAAAGCCAGCUCCAGAAGAGAGUGGCACUCCACCUCAAGAACCAACUGCACCGAAGGACAAGACACCCCCACCUCCAACCUCUGGCAUCAAGGAGCCAGAACCCUCACCCUCAGGAGGGCCAGUGACACCGAAACCCCCGGGAGAGGAAAAGCCAACAAAGCCAGCUCCAGAAGAAAGUGGCGCUCCGCCUCAAGAACCAACUGGACCCAAGGACAAGACUCCCCCACCUCCAACCUCCAGCAGCAAUGAGCCGGAACCAUCACCCCCAACUUCAGGCCCAGAAGACUGUGCUCCAGGCUGGUCUGAUUGGUACGAUGAGCAAUAUCCUGAUGAAGAAAAUGGCGGAGAUGAGGAAUCUUACCAGAAGGUCAUAGCCUCAGGGAAAGUGGUUUGUCUGCCUGACUCACCGGUGCAAAACAUUGAAUGCAAAGCAGAGAGAUUCCCUAAUACCCCAUGGCAGGAAUUGGGCCAGACAAUCACUUGUGACAAGAAUAAAGGACUGAAAUGUGUCAAUGAGGAUCAAGGAGGACUGCCAUGUUACAACUACAAGGUCAGAUUCUGCUGCUCCAGAGCAAGUGGACCCCCUGCACCAAGUCCAUCUUCACAAAGCCCAGAACCAACUGCAUCGAAGGACAAGACACCUGCACCUCCAACCUCCAGCAAUAAGGAGCCAGAACCAUCACCCCCAAGUCCAGGCCCAGUGACACCGAAACCCCCGGUUGAGGAAAAGCCAACAAAGCCAGCUCCAGAAGAGAGUGGCGCUCCACCUCAAGAACCAACUGCACCGAAGGACAAGACACCCCCACCUCCAACCUCUGGCAUCAAGGAGCCAGAACCCUCACCCUCAGGAGGGCCAGUGACACCGAAACCCCCGGGAGAGGAAAAGCCAACAAAGCCAGCUCCAGAAGAAAGUGGCGCUCCGCCUCAAGAACCAACUGGACCCAAGGACAAGACACCCCCACCUCCAACCUCCAGCGGCAAGGAGCCAGAACCAUCACCCCCAACUCCAGGCCCAGAAGACUGUGCUCCAGGCUGGUCUGAUUGGUACGAUGAGCAAUAUCCUGAUGAAGAAAAUGGCGGAGAUGAGGAAUCUUACCAGAAGGUCAUAGCCUCAGGGAAAGUGGUUUGUCUGCCUGACUCACCGGUGCAAAACAUUGAAUGCAAAGCAGAGAGAUUCCCGAAUACCCCAUGGCAGGAAUUGGGCCAGACAAUCACUUGUGACAAGAAUAAAGGACUGAAAUGUGUCAAUGAGGAUCAAGGAGGACUGCCAUGUUACAACUACAAGGUCAGAUUCUGCUGCUCCAGAGCAAGUGGACCCCCUGCACCAAGUCCAUCUUCACGAAGCCCAGAACCAACUGCAUCGAAGGACAAGACACCCGCACCUCCAACCUCCAGCAACAAGGGGCCAGAACCAUCACCCCCAGAAGGGCCAGUGACACCCAAACCCCCGGUUGAGGAAAAGCCAACAAAGCCAGCUCCUGAAGAGAGUGGCGCUCCUCCUCAAGAACCAACUGGAGCGAAGGACAAGACACCCCCACCUCCAACCUCCAGCAACAAGGAGCCAGAACCAUCACUCCCAACUCCAGGCCCAGAAGACUGUACUCCAGGCUGGUCUGAUUGGUACGAUGAGCAAUAUCCUGAUGAAGAAAAUGGCGGAGAUGAGGAAUCUUACCAGAAGGUCAUAGCCUCAGGGAAAGUGGUUUGUCUGCCUGACUCACCAGUGCAAAACAUUGAAUGCAAAGCAGAGAGAUUCCCCAAUACCCCAUGGCAGGAAUUGGGGCAGACAAUAACUUGUGACAAGAAUAAAGGACUGAAAUAUGUAAAUGAGGAUCAAGGAGGACUGCCAUGUUACAACUACAAGGUCAGAUUCUGCUGCUCCAGAGCAGGUGGACCUCCUGCACCAAGUCCAUCUUCACGAAGCCCAGAACCAACUGCAUCGAAGGACAAGACACCUGCACCUCCAACCUCCAGCAACAAGGGGCCAGAACCAUCACCCCCAAGUCCAGGCCCAGAAGACUGUACUCCAGGAUGGUCUGAUUGGUACGAUGAGCAAUAUCCUGAUGAAGAAAACGGCGGAGAUGAGGAAUCUUACCAGAAGGUCAUAGCCUCAGGGAAAGUGGUUUGUCUGCCUGACUCACCAGUGCAAAACAUUGAAUGCAAAGCAGAGAGAUUCCCCAAUACCCCAUGGCAGGAAUUGGGCCAGACAAUCACUUGUGACAAGAAUAAAGGACUGAAAUGUGUAAAUGAGGAUCAAGGAGGACUGCCAUGUUACAACUACAAGGUCAGAUUCUGCUGCUCCAGAGCAGGUGGACCUCCUGCACCAAGUCCAUCUUCACGAAGCCAAGAACCAACUGCAUCGAAGGACAAGACACCCCCACCUCCAACCACCGGCAACAAGGAGCCAGAACCCUCACCCCCAGAAGGGCCAGUGACACCCAAACCCCCGGUUGAGGAAAAGCCAACAAAGCCAGCUCCAGAAGAGAGUGGCGCUCCUCCUCAAGAACCAACUGGACCGAAGGACAAGACACCCCCAUCUCCAACCUCCAGCAACAAGGAGCCAGAACCAUCACCCCCAACUCCAGGCCCAGAAGACUGUACUCCAGGCUGGUCUGAUUGGUACGAUGAGCAAUAUCCUGAUGAAGAAAAUGGCGGAGAUGAGGAAUCUUACCAGAAGGUCAUAGCCUCAGGGAAAGUGGUUUGUCUGCCUGACUCACCAGUGCAAAACAUUGAAUGCAAAGCAGAGAGAUUCCCCAAUACCCCAUGGCAGGAAUUGGGCCAGACAAUCACUUGUGACAAGAAUAAAGGACUGAAAUGUGUAAAUGAGGAUCAAGGAGGACUGCCAUGUUACAACUACAAGGUCAGAUUCUGCUGCUCCAGAGCAGGUGGACCUCCUGCACCAAGUCCAUCUUCACGAAGCCAAGAACCAACUGCAUCGAAGGACAAGACACCCGCACCUCCAACCUCCAGCAACAAGGGGCCAGAACCAUCACCCCCAGAAGGGCCAGUGACACCGAAACCCCCGGUUGAGGAAAAGCCAACAAAGCCAGCUCCAGAAGAGAGUGGCGCUCCUCCUCAAGAACCAACUGGACCGAAGGACAAGACACCCCCACCUCCAACCUCCGGCAACAAGGAGCCAGAACCCUCACCCCCAGAAGGGCCAGUGACACCCAAACCCCCGUUUGAGGAAAAGCCAACAAAGCCAGCUCCAGAAGAGAGUGGCGCUCCUCCUCCAGAACCAACUGCAUCGAAGGACAAGACACCUGCACCUCCAACCUCCAGCAACAAGGGGCCAGAACCAUCACCCCCAAGUCCAGGCCCAGAAUGGAUUGUUCCUGCAACACAGCAACCAAUUGAGGCUACAAAACCAAAUGAAACACCCACCAAACAAGAAGAUUGUGCUUUAGGCUGGUCUGAGUGGUACGAUGAUCAAUAUCCUGAUGAAGAAAAUGGCGGAGAUGAGGAAUCCUACCAAAAGAUUAUAGACUCAGGGAGAGAGGUCUGUCUGCCUGACUCAUCAGUGGAAAAAAUUGACUGCAAAGCAGAAAGAUUCCCGAAUACCCCAUGGCAGGAAUUGGGCCAGACGAUCACUUGUGACCAGAGCACAGGCUUGAAGUGCUUCAAUAACGAUCAGGACUAUUUGCCAUGUUACAACUACAAGAUCAGAUUCUGCUGCUCCAGAGCAGGUGGACCCCCUGCACCAACUCCAUCUAAAGCAAGCCCAGUGACACCGAAACCCCCGGUUGAGGAAAAGCCAACAAAGGCAGCUCCAGAAGAAAGUGGCCCUCCUCCUCCAGAACCAACUGCAUCGAAGGAGAAGUCACCUCCAACCUCUAGCAACAAGGAGCCAGAACCAUCGCCCUCAGAAGGUCCAGUGACACCGAAACCCCCGGUUGAGGAAAAGCCAACAAAGCCAGCUCCUGUUGAGAGUGGCCCUCCUCCUCAAGAACCAACUGCACCGAAGGACAAGACACCCCCACCUCCAACCUCCAGCAACAAGGAGCCAGAACCAACACCCCCAGAAGGGCCAGUGACACCGAAACCCCCGGUAGAGGAAAAGCCAACAAAGCCAGCUCCUGAAGAAAGUGGCGCUCCUCCUCCAGAGCCAACUGGAUCGAAGGACAAGACACCCCCACCUCCAACCUCCAGCAGCAAGGAGCCAGAACCAUCACCCCCAACUCCAGGCCCAGAAGACUGUACUCCAGGCUGGUCUGACUGGUACGAUGAGCAAUAUCCUGAUGAAGAAAAUGGCGGAGAUGAGGAAUCUUACCAGAAGGUCAUAGCCUCAGGGAAAGUGGUUUGUCUGCCUGACUCACCAGUGCAAAACAUUGAAUGCAAAGCAGAGAGAUUCCCUAAUACCCCAUGGCAGGAAUUGGGCCAGACAAUCACUUGUGACAAGAAUAAAGGACUGAAAUGUGUAAAUGAGGAUCAAGGAGGACUGCCAUGUUACAACUACAAGGUCAGAUUCUGCUGCUCCACAGCAGUUGGACCCCCUGCACCAACUCCAUCUAAAGCAAGCCCAGAACCAACUGCAUCGAAGGACAAGACACCCGCUCCUCCAACCUCUGGCAUCAAGGAGCCAGGAUACUCAAACCCAGAAGGGCCAGUGACACCGAAACCCCUGGUUGAGGAAAAGCCAACAAAGGCAGCUCCAGAAGAAAGUGGCCCUCCUCCUCCAGAACCAACUCCAUCGAAGGAGAAGUCACCCCCACCUCCAACCUCUAGCAACAAGGAGCCAGAACUAUCGCCCGCAGAAGGGCCAGUGACACCAAAACCCCCGGUUGAAGAAAAGCCAACAAAGCCAGCUCCUGAUAAGAGUGGCCCUCCUCCUCAAGAACCAACUGCACCGAAGGACAAGACACCCCCAUCUCCAACCUCCGGCAUCAAUGAGCCAGAACCAUCACCCCCAGAAGGGCCAGUGACACCGGAACCUCCAGUAGAGGAAAAGCCAACAAAGCCAGCUCCAGAAGAGAGUGGCGCUCCUCCUCAAGAACCAACUGCACCGAAGGACAAGACACCCCCACCUCCAACCUCCAGCAACAAGGAGCCAGAACCAUCACCCCAAACUCCAGGCCCAGUGACACCAAAACCCCCGGUUGAGGAAAAGCCAACAAAGCCAGCUCCUGAAGAGAGUGCCGCUCCGCCUCAAGAGCCAACUGCACCGAAGGACAAGACACCCCCACCUCCAACCUCCAGCAACAAGGAGCCAGAACCAACACCCCCAGAAGGGCAAGUAACACCAAAACCACCGGUUGAGGAAAAGCCAACAAAGCCAGCUCCUGAAAAGAGUGGCGCUCCUCCUCAAGAACCAACUGGACCGAAGGACAAGACACCCCCACCUCCAACCUCCGGCAACAAGGAGCCAGAACCCUCACCCUCAGAAGGGCCAGUGACACCCAAACCCCCGGUAGAGGAAGAGCCAACAAAGCCAGCUCCAGAAGAGAGUGGCGCUCCUCCUGCAGAACCAACUGGAUCGAAGGACAAGACACCCCCACCUCCAACCUCCGGCAUCAAUGAGCCAGAACCAUCACCCUCAACUCCAGGCCCAGAAGAAGACUGUACUCCAGGCUGGUCUGACUGGUACGAUGAGCAAUAUCCUGAUGAAGAAAAUGGCGGAGAUGAGGAAUCUUACCAGAAGGUCAUAGCCUCAGGGAAAGUGGUUUGUCUGCCUGACUCACCGGUGCAAAACAUUGAAUGCAAAGCAGAGAGAUUCCCGAAUACCCCAUGGCAGGAAUUGGGCCAGACAAUCACUUGUGACAAGAAUAAAGGACUGAAAUGUGUUAAUGAGGAUCAAGGAGGACUGCCAUGUUACAACUACAAGGUCAGAUUCUGCUGCUCCAGAGCAGGUGGACCUCCUGCACCAACUCCAUCUAAAGCAAGCCCAGAACCAACUGCAUCGAAGGACAAGACACCCGCACCUCCAACCUCUGGCAUCAAGGAGCCAGGACCCUCAAACCCAGAAGGGCCAGUGACACCGAAACCCCCGGUUGAGGAAAGGCCAACAAAACCAGUUCCUGAAGAGAGUGGCGCUCCUCCUCCAGAGCCAACUGGAUCGAAGGACAAGACACCCCCACCUCCAACCUCCAGCAGCAAGGAGCCAGAACCAUCACCCCCAACUCCAGGCCCAGAAGAAGACUGUGCUACAGGCUGGUCUGACUGGUACGAUGAUCAAUAUCCUGAUGAAGACAAUGGUGGAGAUGAUGAAUCAUACGAGAAGGUCAUAGCCUCAGGGAAAGUGGUUUGUCUGCCUGACUCAUCAGUGGAAAAAAUUGACUGCAAAGCGGAGAGAUUCCCUAAUACCCCAUGGCAGGAAUUGGGCCAGACGAUCACUUGUGACAAGAGCACAGGCCUGAAAUGCUCUAAUGACGAUCAAAGCAUGUUUAUAUGUUACAACUACAAGGUCAGAUUCUGCUGCUCCAAAUCAGGUGGCCCCCCUCCACCACCCAUUACUCAGGCCCCAACCAAAUGGGCCCCUGAGAAACCACCAACUGCAGCUGCUCCGGAAACAACGAAAAGGAAGCCAAAGUCCCCACCUGUGCCUAAAGAGACCAUCACUAUCGGUGAAGAAUUGAUUGUUCCUGCAACACAGCAACCAAUUGAGGCUACAAAACCAAAUGAAACACCCACCAACCAAGAAGAUUGUGCUUUAGGCUGGUCUGACUGGUACGAUGAUCAAUAUCCUGAUGAAGAAAAUGGCGGAGAUGAGGAAUCCUACCAAAAGAUUAUAGACUCGGGGAGAGAGGUCUGUCUGCCUGACUCAUCAGUAGAAAAAAUUGACUGCAAAGCAGAAAGAUUCCCGAAUACCCCAUGGGAGGAAUUGGGCCAGACGAUCACUUGUGACCAGAGCACAGGCUUGAAAUGCUUUAAUAACGAUCAGGACUUUUUGCCAUGUUACAACUACAAGAUCAGAUUCUGCUGCUCCAGAGCAGGUGGACCCCCUGCACCAACUCCAUCUAAAGCAAGCCCAGAACCAACUGCAUCGAAGGACAAGACACCCGCACCUCCAACCUCUGGCAUCAAGGAGCCAGGACCCUCAAACCCAGAAGGGCCAGUGACACCGAAACCCCCGGUUGAGGAAAAGCCAACAAAGGCAGCUCCAGAAGAAAGUGGCCCUCCUCCUCCAGAACCAACUCCAUCGAAGGAGAAGUCACCCCCACCUCCAACCUCUAGCAACAAGGAGCCAGAACCAUCGCCCGCAGAAGGGCCAGUGACACCGAAACCUCCAGUUGAGGAAAAGCCAACAAAGCCAGCUCCUGAAGAGAGUGGCCCUCCUCCUCAAGAACCAACUCGAUCAAAGGACAAGACACCCCCACCUCCAACCUCCGUCAACAAGGAGCCAGAACCAUCACCCCCAACUCCAGGCCCAGAAGACUGUGCUCCAGGCUGGUCUGAUUGGUACGAUGAGCAAUAUCCUGAUGAAGAAAAUGGCGGAGAUGAGGAAUCUUACCAGAAGGUCAUAGCCUCAGGGAAAGUGGUUUGUCUGCCUGACUCACCGGUGCAAAACAUUGAAUGCAAAGCAGAGAGAUUCCCUAAUACCCCAUGGCAGGAAUUGGGCCAGACAAUCACUUGUGACAAGAAUAAAGGACUGAAAUGUGUUAAUGAGGAUCAAGGAGGUCUGCCAUGUUACAACUACAAGGUCAGAUUCUGCUGCUCCAGAGCAGGUGGACCCCCUCCACCACCCAUUACUCAGGCCCCAACCAAAGCGGCCCCUGAGAAGCCAUCGACAGAAGCUUUCUCAGAAACAAAGAAAAGCAAAUCAGAGUCGCCACCAGCGCGCGAAGAGACCACUGCAGCUGCAGGCCGAAGUGUUCCUGUGACACAAGAAACAGAACAGGCACCGCGGCCAUCUGUAAAACAAACACCUAAAGUGACGUCCUUACAAGCAGUUGAAGAAAAGUCAACGGAACGGAGUAAUGUAGUGAAAAGCUCUGCAGCUCCGAGUCAAAACACUCCAGAUGUCUCCACCAAAGCACCACAAACCUCAAGCACAGAAGCAAUAUCUACAACGGCGGAAGAUGACGAAGAACAUUGCGGUACGGGCUGGUCCAAGUGGUUCGACGAGCAUACUCCAACUGAGGCAAAUGGAGGCGAUGUGGAAACCUACCAAAUGGCCAUAGAGACGGGGGAAGUGGUCUGCCCGGUGAACUCCUCGGUAGAAAAAAUCGACUGCAGAGCGGAUAAGUUCCCACAUACGAAUUGGAAAAAACUAUGGCAAAAGAUCACCUGUGAUAAGGAGACUGGCUUGAGAUGUGCGAACGAAAACCAGGGCAUAUUGAUGUGCUUCAACUACAUGGUCAGGUUCUGCUGCUCUGAGGUGGUGAGUCCUCUUCCGAUCACAACUAAUGCUCCAUCCAGGAAGGCAACGAAGCAUCCACCCAAAACAGUCGGUCCCUGGACAACUCUAAUGGAACCAGAGAAAUCAACAAUUCCAAGUCUGACCACCGCGGUUGCAGAAGAAGACUGUGCUACAGGCUGGUCUGACUGGUACGAUGAUCAAUAUCCUGAUAAUGAAAAUGGCGGAGAUGAUGAAUCAUACGAGAAGGUCAUAGCCUCAGGAAAAGUGGUUUGUCUGCCUGACUCAUCAGUGGAAAAAAUUGACUGCAAAGCAGAGAGAUUCCCUCAUACCCCAUGGCAGGAAUUGGGCCAGACGCUCACUUGUGACAAGAAUAAAGGACUGAAAUGUGUCAAUGAGGAUCAAGGAGGACUGCCAUGUUACAACUACAAGGUCAGAUUCUGCUGCUCCAAAUCAGGUGGCCCCCCUCCACCACCCAUUACUCAGGCCCCAAACAAAGGGGCCCCUGAGAAACCACCAACAGCAGCUGCUCAUGAAACAACGAAACAUAAACCCAAAAAGACCCCUGCAGCUGAAGUGACAUCAAAACCCCCCGUUGAGGAAAAGCCAACAAAGCCAGCUCAUGAAGAGAGUGGUGCUCCUCCUCCAGAGCCAACUGGAUCGAAGGACAAGACACCCCCACCUCCAACCUCCAGCAGCAAGAAGCCAGAACCAUCAACCCCAACUCCAGGCCCAGAAGAAGACUGUGCUACAGGCUGGUCUGACUGGUACGAUGAUCAAUAUCCUGAUAAUGAAAAUGGCGGAGAUGAUGAAUCAUACGAGAAGGUCAUAGCCUCAGGAAAAGUGGUUUGUCUGCCUGACUCAUCAGUGGAAAAAAUUGACUGCAAAGCAGAGAGAUUCCCUCAUACCCCAUGGCAGGAAUUGGGCCAGACGAUCACUUGUGACAAGAAUAAAGGACUGAAAUGUGUCAAUGAGGAUCAAGGAGGACUGCCAUGUUACAACUACAAGGUCAGAUUCUGCUGCUCCAAAUCAGGUGGCCCCCCUCCACCACCCAUGACUCAGGCCCCAACCAAAGGGGCCCCUGAGAAACCACCAACAGCAGCUGCUCAUGAAACAACGAAACAUAAACCCAAAAAGACCCCUGCAGCUGAAGUGACAUCAAAACCCCCCGUUGAGGAAAAGCCAACAAAGCCAGCUCAUGAAGAGAGUGGUGCUCCUCCUCCAGAGCCAACUGGAUCGAAGGACAAGACACCCCCACCUCCAACCUCCAGCAGCAAGGAGCCAGAACCAUCAACCCCAACUCCACGCCCAGAAGAAGACUGUGCUACAGGCUGGUCUGACUGGUACGAUGAUCAAUAUCCUGAUAAUGAAAAUGGCGGAGAUGAUGAAUCAUACGAGAAGGUCAUAGCCUCAGGAAAAGUGGUUUGUCUGCCUGACUCAUCAGUGGAAAAAAUUGACUGCAAAGCAGAGAGAUUCCCUCAUACCCCAUGGCAGGAAUUGGGCCAGACGAUCACUUGUGACAAGAAUAAAGGACUGAAAUGUGUCAAUGAGGAUCAAGGAGGACUGCCAUGUUACAACUACAAGGUCAGAUUCUGCUGCUCCAAAUCAGGUGGCCCCCCUCCACCACCCAUUACUCAGGCCCCAACCAAAGGGGCCCCUGAGAAACCACCAACAGCAGCUGCUCAUGAAACAACGAAACAUAAACCCAAAAAGACCCCUGCAGCUGAAGAAGCGAUUGUUCCAGUAACACACCAACAAAUUGAGGGUCAAAAACCAACCACGGUGGCCCCCAAGAAACGAUCAACAGCAGCUGCUCCGAAAACAACGAAACAUAAACCCCAAAAGACCCCUGCAGCUGAAGUGAAACCGACCAAGUCGAAGACAACCUCCACCACAAUGUCAACCACCAAGAAACCAGAGCAACUGGAAUCAUACAAUGUCCAGUUCACCAUUAUCAAUCGUCAGUUUGAUCAGGAUCUCUACAACCCUGAAAAGCCACUCUACAUUGAAUAUUCCAGAAACAUCACCACGGAGAUUACCAAGUUAUUCCAGAAAGAACAGCGGGCAAGAUAUUUAUACAGGGACUACAGCGUCUCAAGCUUCAGGAUCGGCUCCAUUACUGUGGAGGGCAAAUGCUACUUCCUAAAGAACGGUGGUGAGAACGUGCCCACGCUGAUGAAAGAGUUCACCAAAGGAACCACUAACAUGACCUACCUGGGACCGUACAAGCUACGGCCCGACAGCCUCAAGGUGUAUGUUGACAAGGAGGAGCUGUACUACACGAAUAUGAAUACAAGUUCAAGUCCGAACAGGUCCCUAUCAUACUGGGUCUACUUCAUCAUCGCCCUCUGCUGCCUCAUUCUCUUGGCCCUGAUCAUCGCCUACAUCGUGCUGGCUCUCGUGAGAUACUUCAAGAACAGAGGCGAUGCCUACAAAGUGCUGAAGAUCCCAUGGGGAAUCUACUACCCGCACUUGGACCUCCGCAAGUCUUUCUGAACACCUCCGUGCUGAAGCAAUUCACGCAGCAAUGGAAACAUCAGCAGCAGCAGCAUCAGCAGCAUCAGCAGCAGCUGCAGAAAUAUCAGCCCACAUCGGCAAUGACAAAAAAAGAAAAACAUUUGGCAAAUCUCGCAUCGCACCUGUCACCAGCAAAUUACUCGAGUAACCAGAGCCCGCUGCUACCGCAGCCAACAAGGGUAAUGCCUGUCACAAUAGACACUUCAUCAUCGAAGACCCUCCUCAUCGUCAUCUGUGCAAACGUCAUCAGACCGCAUGGUCUUUUCCGGACAGAUUUGCCAUCACCACCAGUAUCACCUAAAGCAACCAAACGUCCUCGUUUGGCAGGGAUGGUUUCAGAAAGGCUGUCCCGGUGUGCUGAAGGAGCAUUUGUGAACAUUGGGAUCUUGUCAAUAUUUUAUAUUUCCACGCCUCAUGCUUAACUCAUGUUAGGAGUGGAAUUGGCAGAUGAGUAGCUGGGGCCUGUCAGCAGGAGGUGUGGCUGACUGAGGGAGCAGCCAACAGUUCCCUACAUGUUCCGGAAGGUCGACCAGAAAUUUGGUAGCUAUAAUACCUCUCACCAGCGACAUCGUCAUCAUGAGUCUCAUCAUCGAUAAAACCAAGAGGCGCUGAUACAACCAGAACAGCAACUACCAUUAUCAACAAUGCUGUCACGAUAACCGUCAUCGUAAAUCGAUGCAAACGGAACAAACGAUGCAACCACAACAGCCACCACCACCGCCACCACAAAACACAUUGAUGACGCAUUACGACUGGCAACAUGAACCACAAUCACGUCCUCCACCAACAGCAAAAGCAUCUGCACUUAUAAUAAUAUACAGGGUGGUCCAUUUAUAGACACUCCAAUAUUCGAUCACUUCUCAAACGUGAUCGAAUAUUGUGAUAGCGAUGGCUCCAUAUCCGGCAGAGGAUAGUGUUAAAAUGUCAUCAUUGUAUUGAGAUUGGUGGGAGAUAUGUAGAGGCUUUGAAAUAAUGUUGUUUUGCGUAUGAUUUCUCCAUAUUAUUUUAGUGGGUUUACUAUAAAUGGAUCGUCCUGCAGUGGAAUAUGUAAUGUAACAUAGUGAUCAUAAAGUUUUGCUCCUAGAGACAUAGAAAUAAGCAUGGCACUUUCAUAGGAGUGAUAACGACUUAAAUAAAUUGCAGAACUAAAAACACAUCUCAGCCCACCGAUGCACGGGGCUUUUGGUCACCUGAGCUGCAAGUGUGACUCCCCUUCCCCCGCACCACCGCACUAUUAAACAUAACCCCACCAUCCGCCACUCAGAUAUUGCUACAGUCCGUGGCGACAACUGCACCAGCCUCGGGUACACUCCGAGGAAGAUUCCAAUCGUGAGAAUUGCACUUAAUGUGGGAGGAAAU